CUGCCCCGCCGCCAUCUUAGCUGCGUCGCUCCGUCUCCCCGCCCCGGUGCCUGCGCGGGUGUCGGUGCCUCCCGGCCCGCUCGUUGCGCCUUCGCCGCCGCGCAGAGCUGAGGAGCGAGGCGGGGGGAAGCGUCACGGUGCUGCAGUUACUGUCACUUUGGCACAGAUUCGGAGGGGACAAUGUCCAGUGUUCCGGUGGCUGUGGUGACUGGGUCCAACAAAGGGAUCGGAUUUGCAAUUGUGCGGGCUCUGUGCAAGCAGUUCCCGGGGGAUGUGUACCUGACAGCCCGAGACCCUGGCCGUGGGCAGGAGGCCGUGGCCAAGCUUCAGGAGGAAGGGCUGCGUGCGCUUUUCCAUCAGCUGGAUAUCGAUGAUCUGCAGAGCAUCAGAGCUCUCCGGGACUUCCUUAAGGAGAAAUAUGGAGGGGUGAAUGUGCUGGUUAACAAUGCAGGGAUUGCUUUCAAAGUUCAUGACACAACGCCAUUUGCAGUCCAAGCAGAGGUUACACUGAAGACAAACUUUUUUGGAACCAGGAAUGUUUGCACAGAAUUGUUGCCUCUUGUGAAGCCUUAUGGUAGAGUGGUGAAUGUCUCUAGUAUGGUAAGUUGCUCAGCUCUGGGAGGCUGCAGCCAAGAACUACAGCAAAAGUUUCGCAGCAACACGAUCACUGAGGAUGAAUUAGUGGAUCUCAUGACCAAAUUUGUGGAAGAUACCAAGAAAAGUGUUCAUGAGAAAGAGGGCUGGCCAAAUACUGCCUAUGGGGUAUCCAAAAUCGGUGUCACAGUCUUAUCCAGGAUUCAAGCCCGGAUGUUAAAUGAGAAAAGAAAAGGUGACCACAUCCUUCUCAAUGCCUGCUGUCCUGGGUGGGUGAGAACAGACAUGGCAGGUCCUAAAGCCACUAAAUCACCAGAUGAAGGAGCUGAGACCCCAGUUUAUUUGGCCCUUUUGCCUUCUGAUGCUGAUGGCCCUCAUGGCCAGUUCGUUAGUAACAAAACUGUUCGAACCUGGUGAGCGCGUAGGGGUGCAGACCCAUGCAAGUGCUGAUGUGACUGUGGAUCUGCCUGUGCCCUGCUAGGGGGUAUUUACCCAGAGCAGUCACAUCCUGUCCACAGCAGCAGCAGGGUCCUUUGUCAUUAGAAUGAGGGCAACAGUAAUGGUACUUUCCUGGGAUUAAGUCUGCACUUUCCCGACAGUCUCCAUUAUCCAGCUCACAGCGUUAUCUGUGCAGCUUGAAAUCUAAUUUGUUGGUGUUCCAGCCCAGAUGAUACAGGCUAAUCUGGCAUUGCCCUAAUGGAAAGGUGUGUGGUCUUGUUUACCUGAAUUUACUCUUAAUUAAAUUGUUGCCAGCUCUUCUCUCACUUGCCUGAGACAGAUUUCUGACAUGGAGUUGGGAUGAGAAAGCAGAUGCCUUACACUUUCUUAGCACAACAGAUUUCUUUUUAGGGACCAUAAUUGCUUCUUGAGGUUGUACAGUAGGGUUUCUUAAAGGAUGAGGGGGCUGUUCUGAGAUUUACAGUGUGACCAGUGUGGGGGGAGGCUAGUAAGACCAGAACAGAAUCACUGCUGUAUACAGAUUCCUUGUUAUAAGUACAAUUAAAAAUACUGAUACAGUUACCAAUACCAUUAAUAGGAAAACUUAAUCAGUUGGUUUAAUAUGUGUAUCAAUAAAUGAUUACUUGUAUUCAUCCAUCUGGCUUAUUCUGUUAUUAACAAUGUAUAGUGUUUGAAAAUACUUUCAUUUUCUGCAGCUAAAUUUAUAGCUGGAAUGUAUGGCUUUUGGACUAUAUAAAGAUAAAAUAAACUACAGAACUGAUAUAACAA